AUGGAGGCGGCGGAUUCGGAUGGUGGUGGAUUUGGUGGCAGCAGCGGCGGCGGCGGCGGCGGCAGUGGCGGUGGAUACGGUGGAGGCAGUGGAGGCGGCAGGCGGUGGCAGUGUUGUUGCCGGAAUUCUGUGUUGGCAGUGGAACUCUCUCGGGAGGGAGGCGGUGGUGGUGGCGCGGUGGCUACGGAGGUGGAAGCGGAGGCGGUUUUUGGAGGAGGAAGCGGAGGCGGUUUUGGUGGGGAAGUGGAGGUGGAUUUGGAGGACACGGAGGCGGCCAGCGGAGGCGGCAGCGGCUCAGGCGGAUAUGGAGGUCGCACUGCAAACAGUGCAAUGAACUCGAAUACAGCCGACACUGAUCAACUCAGAGCAAUUCCGGAACCCAAGUCGACGUAA